AUGGACCCACCCACGGUUCCUUCAACCCGGUUAGAGGUAGACGUAGACCUGGGAUUUGUUUUGUUCUUUUUCUCGCUCCUCUGUUUCUUCUUGUUGGUGACCAUAGUGCGCUGUGCCCAGAUGGUGCUGGAUCCUUACAGCGCUAUCUCCACUACAACUUAUCAAGAGGAGCAAACGGAGGACUCAUGA